AUGAAAAGAAAAGGUGGUGACAAGUCUACAGCAAAAGAAAGGUUGGCAAGACGUCGUGGGGUCCGGUGAGGGCUCAAAACGAACAGGAAAGGGUGGGAGAGCUGGAGCUGGUGCAGUGAGUUGGACUCUCGUGCUGGCAGACACAGACAGUUGAGAGACACGAACGAGAUUGAGCGGUGUUGGUGCGACAGGAGUGCGACAGAAACACAUCUACACGGUUGGCGGCCAUUUAACAACUGAAAAUUGUGCUCGUUUAGUUCAGUCACUUCUCUUCAGACUCGGUAGUCAUGAGAAGAAAGCAGCUUAUAUGGGAAUUUCUGGAGGACUCAGUUUCAGUGAAUCAUGAAACUUUGUUGCCUGGUCCAAGAACAGGAAGGUAUACAUUUUUUGUUAGAACCUCAAAUUCUGCGCGUUUUCAUUGAAGUCUUAACUCGAUUGAAAGAGAAAUUCCGUUAUAUUUGAAAUUUCCUUGUUCUAAUAUCCCGGUAUGCAAGAGAGAACUGUAGAACUUACUAACCCUGUUAAAAUCAAUAUUUCGUGUGUUGGGAGACAUCAUCUAACUGCAUUUUGAGACAAAAAUCUAUUUUCAUUGUUUGUUAUGAGGUUUUUCUAGUGUCCUUUGUGUUUCUGGCAAGAAAUGGUAUCAUAAAACUUCGGAAAAGAAGUUAGUUGAAUGAUUUGGCUGACGCUUGCGUUUCAUCGACAGAUUCUAUAUGACUGAAUAUUUCAAUGAACGAAAUUGCUCGCCCACCAGUAUUCUCCUUAGAUGAUUAGCCAUUUCAUCGGCUUAUAAGAUUUCUUUUUUGGCGUCUACGCCACUAUUCAUCUUCGUAAAUAGGCUACGAUUGUGGUUACGUGGGCAACGCCGAUCCGACGGCUACAAUCCCUGGGAUAAUCUUCGAGCCACAGUACUCCGGAUAG